CGAUUCGCCGCGCGUCGGUCGAAGUCUCGCUCGCUCCCUCGCGCAGUGGCAGAGAACGCGUUCGUUCGAGGCGUUCGACUUUCGAGCGGCGACGUACGCUAGCGUGUAUGUCUUCAUUAUUGAUGCAAAAGUUCCACGAUGGUAGAUCAUAACCAGAAAUUGUUACAGGAGUUGCAAAAGAAAAGUGGAAAUAAUGUUUGUGCCGAUUGUGGAAAUCUGGACCCUGAUUGGGCAUCCUACAACCUUGGUAUAUUCAUAUGCAUGCGUUGUGCCAGUAUCCACCGUGGCAUGGGCGCCCACAUAAGCAAAGUAAAACACCUCAAGCUUGACCGUUGGGAAGAUUCUCAGGUUCAAAGAAUGAAGGAGGUUGGUAACAACGCAGCGAAGAACAAAUACGAGGAAAGAGUCCCACCUUGUUACAGAAGACCGAAUAAGAACGACCCACAAGUACUGAUAGAGCAGUGGAUCCGUGCAAAGUAUGAACGUGAAGAAUUUUGCCAUCCAGAACGUCAGAGUUACCUAUCAGGUACCAUGGAGGGAUUCCUCAUGAAGAGAGGGAAGGAGGACAGCCGUUACCAGCUGAGGAAGUUCGUCUUAAGUGAGAAUGAGGACACCCUUAAAUACCAUGUCAGGGAGAAUAAGGAACCAAAGGGUGUGCUCAAACUGUCGGAACUGAACGUGGCGUUCGCACCUUCAAAGAUCGGUCACAUGAACUCGAUGCAACUGACGUUCAUGAAGGAUGGGUCCACCAGGCACAUCUACGUGUACCAUGAAGAUCCUGAAGUUAUUAGCAAUUGGUAUACAGCAAUCCGCUGCGCCCAACUGCACCUCCUUCAGGUCGCGUUUCCAUCGAUGCCGCAAUCAGACCUGGUACUCCGUCUCCCCAAGGACUUCGCCCGUGAAGGUUGGCUGUGGAAGACUGGCCCUCGACCAUCGGACGCUCAUCGCCGCCGAUGGUUCACAUUAGACAAUAGGAAGCUCAUGUACCACGAUGAGCCGCUUGAUGCUUAUCCUAAAGGCGAGAUCUUUGUUGGUCACGAAUCCAACGGCUACUGCAUCAAAGUGUCGAACACAGGCAACGGUUGCAAGGACGCGCGGUUUCCCUUCCAACUGGUUACUCCUGACCGGACGUACUGCCUCGCAGCCACCACACACGAAGACCGCGAUGGUUGGCUUGCUGUUAUACAACAGACUAUCAAGAGGCCGCUCACACCUCAGGAUUCUACCAUUGAAGCAACAUUGGUCCGCAAGCGUACGGCGUCGAACUCCAUCAGCAUAUUCUCGGGCAGGUAGUUGGUGAGCCGCGCAGCUUGCAACCCCUACCACUUCUGAAGUAAGUCCGAUGUACUACGUCAUCGCCCGCUUUACACGCUGCGUAACGAAUACGUCAUACCGACUGCAAAUAAUUAUUAUUAAAUUAUUAUUAUUAAAAAACAAACCCUCUAGAAUUAUUUUAAUAAUUAGGACUUAUUUUACGACGACUUUUGUAAAUACAAUUAUUUUUGAUUAAAUGAUUUUUAUCGGUUUAUCCAUUAUUUAAUAACGUAUGUAAUGCUGCGACGUUUAAUUUUAUCGCUUAGGACUUGUUCGGUGUAAUCUAAAAUGUAUACAAUUUAUGUUUUAAUUUAUUGUAUUUAAUGCAAUGAUGGAUUUGAAUCGAUAAUUUAAGGCAUAUUAAAUUAUACAUAAUUAAUUAUUUAUGUUCAUUUUGUAAGGCUAAUAAAGUGUGUUUCUUCAUUUGACGUUCUUUUAUAUCAUGGCGGUACGCACAAAAUAUCAAUGUAAUAACCAAUAAUAUAGUUUGUAUAACUUGUAGCUUGUAAUAUAACUAAAUAUAUCAAUACAUUUGUAAUUCACUUUAGUGUAACGUUGAAAAUCACAACAAAGCUCUCUUAAUCAUGGUAAAAGACAUUCUACAGGGACUUUCUAUAUGGUGUAUAAGUGUAAUCAAGUACUGGAAUGGAAUACCACAAUAAACUUCUAAAUCCAAAUAAAUAUUCCACAGGCAAAAAAUGUAACAGACCCACCUGACGUAUCCGCUAACGAUGUAAAAUUGGUACUAGUUUUGUAUUACAAAAUGACAAGAAGGACUUUAAACAACACUAGCGCUGUGUUUGCCUUACGGAAGUUGGUGGUACUAAACAUAACAAUUUAUUAUGUUUUCUUGUGGUAUUCCCAUCACACAGACUUUAUAAGUAUCGUAUAUAUGACUUGCAUCGUAUAUCGCAUUUAUAUAUAAGUUUAUAUAUGUACUUGGUACUUUAUGUACUUGGUAUAAUCGUCGUUAUAUACAGGCGUGGAUAAUGUAUGAUAUGUUACGCGACACAAGCUGAGUAUGGACACUGUAUGUUGAAAGUACUGUGAAAAAGGAAGACUGCCUUAUACUCAAACAAAACUUUUUUAAAGAUUGUAUGGAAAGUCCACUAACUUAUGACAAUUCAUCGUGAGGGGAAAGAAUCCCUAAUAAAUACGGUAAGAAUAUUCAAUUUUAUCUACAUUUUAAUAUGUAUAGAGCAACGGGCACUGAUACUGUAUUAGGACACAUUUGUAUAUGGAUAGUACAACUUAAAUUUUCAAUUGUCACUACAUCGGUUGUUUGAGUAUUAGGUAGUUAGGCUCGAAGCAUAGUUUUUUAACGAAAUUCCGAACGGAGAUCACGAUAAAUUGGUAAUGUGACUGAAUUUAUAAAAUAAGUCUUCUAAUAAAUGAUAUAAUGUGUUUAUUGUGGUCUCAGGAAUUUUAUACAACGGAGUACACUGCUCUGGUAUAACUAUCGAAACGUUUACGUAUAAGAAAAAAAUAUGCUUUGAGCCCUCAAAAAUAUGAUUGUUCUAUUGAUAGACAGACGAUGAUAUUUUAUUUCUUAAGACUAAAUAUUAAUUUCUCUACAAGUUGUGCAGUUUGUAAACGAUUUGCUCAAUAUAGAACUUAAUUGCGCUAAAAGUUGUAGGAAAAACUCCACUGUAUUUUCUUAAGCAUAGAAUUGAUUUUCGAUGCUCAUUUUUGAAUAGCAAUGUACAGAUACAUCCAUCAAAACGAAUUGUGUCGCGAAAUUCAAUGUAAUAUUUUAUUAUUAGUGUUCAUUUACUGGGAGUUAUAGUAAUAUGAACCUUAUAUUGUACUGUUUAAAUAUGUAAAUGUAUUAAUCGAAAUAUAGCGAUAAACAUGCAACAAUAUUAUAGUGUAUGCAACUAGCAAUGCAAUAACUUGAGAAAGUGUAGCGUAGGCUUAAAAAUACUCUAAUGUAUGUUCUUAUAUAUAUUUUUCUAUAAUGGUAGUCUCAGUUCGGAUAGGCUUUGAGCGGAGUUGUGAAUGUGUUAGUGAAGUUUGUACUUGUGUGAAGUAAAUGGUAUAAUUACCUAUGUAAGCAAUGCUGUUUUAAAAACAUAACAUUAUUUGCAGGAAAAGUACUGGUUGUGUUAUGGAAUGAUCAUGUAUCUGUUCAUGAGAAACAUUCAUAGUUUUAAUUGUAAUUUUUAUGUUUUAUGUCUUACGGAUUUGCUCGACUCGUUUCGAGGUCAACGGGGUUUCAUAGUUUGAAAGUAAAGGAACACGUAAGAUAGUAAUAGUUUGAUCGUUUCAUAAUGAGACUAGUUAAUUUCGACGUAACUGUAGGUGUGGACAUAUCUCAAUAGAAGAAUUAGAAAAUGCAGCCGCUUAGACGAAGGAUAGCGAGGUAAUCGAUUUUACUGAUAAAAUAUUAUUUCUAAUUAGUGAUGGAUGAGUGUUAUGAAUGGAUUGUUUGGGAUGCGAUGCGAUGGAUUUUUAUAGAGAAAAGGUUUAGUUCAAUUCAAAUAGUAAUUCUUAUACAG